CAGACCUAUCCCUAGAUAUUUUUCAUCGACACGAGCAUUCAGCAUGCCCGACCAGCUCAAAGCCAGCGAGGUCAACUCCAAGACCGACCCCUCUGUCGCGAAGCAGUACGACGAGGAGACGCCCAAGGACCAGCAGAUUAAGCAGUUCUUUGAACUCGUCGACGGAAAGAAGAUUUGCAUGCUCAACACAUAUCGCAACGGCGUCGGACCUGUUGGCCGCUCCAUGGCGCUCGCACGUCGCGACGGCCCCGACCUUCUCUUCCUGGCCAACGCACACUCGCAAAAAUUCAGCGACCUCGAGCAAAACAAGGAAGUCCAAAUCUCGUUCCAAGACCUCAAGACACAGGAAUGGGCGUCCAUUACCGGCACAGCCACCACCACCUCCAACAGCGACCCACGCAUCAAGCAAGUCUGGAGCCGUGGUGCGGCAGCGUGGUUUGGAGACCUGGGCGACGGGACGCACACUGGUGGGCCGGAAGACCCGCGCAUGACGCUGAUUGAAGUCAAGGCAAAGUAUAUCUCGUACUAUGUGACUGACGUGGGGCUCUUGGGCUAUGCAAAGGAGAUUAUUCAGGCCAAUGUCACGGGAGGUGUUGCGAACACGGGAAAGUUGCGGGAGCUCCACGAGGCGGAUAUCGAGAAGGCGAGGUCCAUGUAA